AAAAAAAUUCCUUCUUGAUCCCUGAAUGCAAUUAACGUAUUUUUCGCUCCAUAAGAAACACCUAGGUUUUAGAGGAGGAAAACCAGAAAAAAAAAAUUCUGAACCAAUGGACUGCAGACAUAGUACAGGAGAUGACCAGAGACUGCGGACACAGUACAGGAGAUGACCAGAGACUGCGGACACAGUACAGGAGAUGACCAGAGACUGCGGACACAGUACAGGAGAUGACCAGAGACUGCGGACACAGUACAGGAGAUGACCAGAGACUGCGGACACAGUACAGGAGAUGACCAGAGACUGCGGACAUAGUACAGGAG